CGCGGCGGGGGCUGCCCCGGUCGGACGCGCUGCCGUGACCCGGCCCGGAGCGGGGAGCGAAGCCGGCCCAGCAGCGCCGCGGGCAUCAUUUCGCGGGCAUCAUUUCGUUGGGCUGAGACACGGCAAGCAAGGAAUAUGAACAGGAAAACAAGGCGCUGGAUUUUCCACAUCUUCCUGAGCCUGGGGAUUGUGUAUAUCAAGAUCGGGGGUUUUUCCUCUGUGGUGGCCCUGGGAGCCAGCAUCAUCUGCAACAAGAUCCCGGGUCUCGCCCCCCGGCAGCGGGCGAUCUGCCAGAGCAGGCCCGACGCUAUUAUCGUCAUUGGGGAAGGGUCCCAGAUGGGCAUCAACGAGUGCCAGUUCCAGUUUCGCAACGGGCGCUGGAACUGCUCUGCCCUGGGAGAGAGGACCGUCUUCGGGAAGGAGCUGAAAGUGGGUAGCAGAGAAGCAGCGUUCACUUAUGCCAUCAUUGCUGCUGGAGUAGCCCACGCCAUCACGGCUGCCUGCACACAGGGAAACCUGAGUGACUGUGGCUGUGACAAAGAGAAACAGGGACAGUACCACAAGGAGGAAGGAUGGAAAUGGGGCGGCUGCUCUGCCGACAUCAGAUACGGAAUAGGAUUCGCCAAAGUGUUUGUGGAUGCCCGGGAGAUUAAGCAGAACGCGCGGACACUGAUGAACCUGCACAACAACGAGGCUGGGCGCAAGAUUCUGGAAGAGAACAUGAAGUUAGAGUGCAAAUGCCAUGGGGUCUCGGGAUCCUGUACCACUAAAACAUGCUGGACAACUCUGCCGAAAUUCCGGGAGCUGGGCUACAUCCUUAAGGACAAAUACAACGAAGCAGUUCAAGUCGAGCCAGUGAGGGCAAGUCGCAACAAGCGUCCAACCUUCCUCAAAAUAAAGAAGCCACUUUCGUAUCGCAAACCCAUGGAUACAGAUUUAGUGUACAUAGAAAAAUCUCCCAAUUACUGUGAAGAAGACCCCAUCACAGGCAGCGUGGGAACGCAGGGGAGGAUGUGCAACAAGACGGCCCAGCAGUCCAAUGGCUGCGACCUGAUGUGCUGCGGUCGAGGUUACAACACACACCAGUACUCGAGAGUGUGGCAGUGCAACUGCAAAUUUCAUUGGUGCUGCUAUGUUAAAUGUAACACAUGCAGUGAAAGAACAGAAGUAUAUACCUGUAAGUGAGUCCGUGGCUGGACAGGCUGACCGUGUCCCUGCCAUGAGUACAUUUGCACAUGCGCUCAACAAACCUACACAAGACCGUAGCAAAGACCUGCUCUCCCAGAAGAAAUGCUGAUGAAUGGAUCCCUGUCUUUUCUUCUCACGUUUGUGGAUACAUAUUUCAGACUCUUAACAAAAGUCAGCCAAGAAACAAAUAAUAAAACCUCAAACUCCACUAAGCCCCCUGCCACAUGAGACAGAGAGAUGACUUCAAUUUAUCUGCGCUUCUAUAGCAAAAAAGCAGUGACUGCCUUGUGAAGAGACACCGGAGAAAAUUUUCUGACCACGGCAAUGAACUCUUGGUUUGGAAAAAAAGAUGGUCAAAAACUUGUGUGUAGAAGGAGCAGGGAGAGUGGGGGACAAACCCUCAGACACGGGCUUUGCACAGGAGGCGAUGGACAGUGCCCCGCUGUGACUCGCCCAAGUGAGUGUGCGGAUGAUACAGAUGUAGGCUUCUACACGUGUGAAAAGCUUCUGCUGGUCUUGCCCAUCUUUCCACUUCAUAACAUUUGCUACAGCGAGCAGAACUGUUGAAAUUUUCUGUAGACACUGCUUUAUCUGCCUUUUGUGUGCGUGUGCGUGCUGCAGAUUUAGCACAGGGAUUUGGGACACGUGGGACAUAAUAAUAGCAAUAUUUAACAAUUUAUUCAGAUAAAACUAAUAUUAAUUUAUUUAAUUAAAAAGAACUCUACCGACAUUUUUGGAACUAUUCUGCAAUUAAAGUAGAUAGCUUGCUUUCUUUGUGGAAUAAUUUUCUAGAAACAGCAAGGUAAAACUGGAGCUGUAUAUAUCGUUCUUUCCUAGGAUAUUUCUAAUAGUUGGACUUGCAGGAUGUGUACUAGAUGUUUAAGUACAAAAGUUGGCAUUUUAUAUAUAUAUAUGUACAUACACAAACACACUGAAUUUUUUUUUUUUUCCCCUGUUUGCUGCUAGUUGUCUGGAACAAAAGGUAGUGGUAAGGGUUGCAAAUCUUUACCAAGGUUUUUUUCUUUUUUUUUUUCCUUC